UCUAUUUUUUUUCUUUGUAUAGCGUAUACAAACUGCUUUGUCGUAGCUCCCAGGAAAAUGAGUUGGUGUCUGACAAGGGUUUUCUUUAGAUGUGGGAUUCAUGUGACAGAACAGAAGAACAUUAGGGCUGGAUUGGACCAAAGGGCUAUCUAGUCCAGCAUCUUGUUUCCUAUAAUGCCCAGACAGAUGCCUAUGGAAAUGCUAAGAGGGCAAUAGCCCUCUCCCACUUGUGUACCCCAGCAACUGGGAAUGCUGCCUCUGAUCCUGGAGGCACUGGAAUUUCUCUGGCUGCUGUGACUCUGCCUGCAUAGAAUGGACCCUGUUGUCAUAAGUUACAUGGACAGCUUGCUGAGACAAUCAGAUGUAUUGCUGCUGGAUCCUCCCUGCUGGCUUAAUGACCGCAUCAUCGGGUUUGCCUUUGAGUACUUUGCCAGUGACCAGUUCCAAGACUUCUCUGAUCAAGUGUGCUUCAUUGGUCCCGAGGUGGCUCAGUUCAUCAAAUGCACAACCAGUCAGGAGGAACUGGCCAUAUUUCUUGAGCCGCUGAACCUCCCCCACAAGGAAAUCGUGUUCCUGGCUAUCAAUGACAACUCCAACCAGGCUGCUGGUGGGACCCACUGGAGCCUGUUAGUUUACUUCCGAGACAAAAACUGCUUUGCUCACUACGAUUCCCACACCAGGAGCAACUCUGUCCAUGCCAGACGGGUAGCUGGGAAGUUGGAGGCCUUUCUCGGCAAAAGAGGCAAAGUUGCCUUUGUAGAGGAGAAGGCCCCUGCCCAGCAAAAUAGCUACGACUGUGGGAUGUACGUAAUCUGUAACACAGAGGCUCUGUGUCAGGAAUUCUUCCAGGGACAGCAGGAGCCAGUGCUGCAGCUCCUUACUCCCUCAUAUAUCACAGCGAAGCGAGAAGAAUGGAAGGGACUCAUUGCUAAGCUGUCUCAGAAGUGAUCGGCCAACCUCUCAACUAUUGCCCUUCUUGUUCUUGUCUUGCUCCCUGUGCCUGAGAAAGGAAGCUUUUGCACGGGGGUUUCCCUACACAGAGAAUGUAUUUACCUCUGCAUUUCUGCACUGCCUUAUUCUGUUGCUGAUCAGAAUAGAGCGGAUUCAUAGGAGACGGCUAUUUGUCUUCCCUAAGGUGUAUGGCAGUUAUGCCUUCGGCUAUUUCCCCCUUUUCCUAUAUCCAAAACAGUUCCCCCAGCAAUCAAGUUCUUUAUAUGUCUGUGUGUGAUCAAAUGUCAGUGAUGUCAGCAACAUGGUAUAUUUCUGCCUAUAUUUCAUUGUGGCAAGUUUCAGCAGUCCUCUUCCAAAACCACACCUGAACCUUUGGAAGUGAGAUAAGCUGGUAUAAUGCCGCUGGGAAACUACUUUGACACUUGUUCCAGAAUCAUCAGCAUAAGGGUUUGGAGGGGAGCCCCUUUUUGUUCCUGCUUUUGUGAAGAGGGAUUGUAGGAAAAGAUCUGCUUGUUGUUUGGCUACCUAGGGAAAACUGUACAGAUUACUAUAUGACAAAGUGAAAUUUCUAUUAUGACAAAGCAAAAUUUUAAUAAUGUAAAGUAACCUUGAUAACAAGAGAGAGUUGUUUUCUGUUCAUUUUCUAGCUGUUCUUUCUGUUGUUGCUAAUUGAACAUGGUAUGAAUUUCUUAGGAUUCUGUACCUCUAAAUGGAUGCUAUUAUGAAGCCCUGGGCUUUCUACUUCCAAUAUCUAGGAGGGAAAAGAAAAAGCAGCAGACUGGUGGGAAAGGAGGCAGCCUGCCUGCUAGCCCUCUCAUUCCUUAAUUUGUCACCCAGCUUGUCUCCGCUCUUCACCAGUUUAACAAUAUUGGGCGUGGGACAUUAUCAGCUGCAUAUGAAACCCUACUAUCACUGGGUAACAUAGGAUUGCAUCCUGUUGCUAAACACCUGGUUCCACUGAAGAAAGUAACCUGCCCUGUUUAGUAGCUUACUAGUGUGGGUAAUGAAGCCAAAAAGGCUGUAUCAUUUGUUUUUCCUGCUAGCCCUAUUUUAUUGCCCCUUUUACUCCCAAGGGAUGCUGCCUUAGCACUCAUCCUCUUCAACAACAACACAACAAACAGCCUUUAAGUGACAAGUUCUUCAGCUGCUCUAGUGUAUGGUCUUCUUGGGGGAGAAGAACUUUAAUUGUUUUCUGAUUUGUGAAGGGAGGGGGCAUGACAACUCUUAUUCUGUUUGGUAAAAUCUUCAACCAUUAAUAAAAGAGAAUUUUCACCCCAAA